UAAAAGGGAUCGGCGGGGUCUGGGGCCCCGGAUUGAGACCUGCCCGCCCGGGCUCCCCUCGCGCUGAGGUGUGUCGCAGGCGGGGCGGGCGAGCCCCGGGCGGCGGGGAGGGGGCUGCGCCGGCGGGUGCGCGGGGCGGGCCGCGGGCCCCGCGCGGGCCCGGGCGGAGGCGGCCGCGGGUGGCGCGCCGAGGCCUGCGCGCCCGUCCUCCGGCGUCCGGUCACCGCAAUCGCCCCCGGCCGCACCAUGGCUCUGAAGGCCGAGGGCGCCGCGCUGGACUGCUUCGAGGUGACGCUCAAGUGCGAGGAAGGGGAAGACGACGAUGAGGCCGUGGUGGUGGCGGUAAUCCCGCGGCCGGAGCCGAUGCUCAGAGUGACCCAACAGGAGAAGACCCCACCACCUCCGCCCAGCCUACUGGAGGCAGGAGGUGAUGGCUGCGAGGAGCCCAAGCAGCAAGUGUCUUGGGAGCAGGAGUUCCUGGUGGGGAAUAGCCCGGGAGGCAGCGGGCGGGCCCUGUGCAUGGUGUGUGGGGCCGAGAUCCGCUCCCCAUCAGCCGAGACAGCUCGAACGCACAUCCUGGAACAGCAUCCCCAUACCCUGGACCUGAGCCCCUCUGAGAAGAGCAACAUCCUGGAGGCCUGGAGUGAAGGGGUGGCCCUUUUGCAAGAUGUUCAUGCUGAGCAACCAUCUCCACCCAGCUCAGAAUCAAGCCGGGAUGCCAAACCAGACCCCAACGCCAAUGCAGACUCUGCUGGGAUGCCAGCAGAGAUUGUGGUCCUCCUGGACUCUGAGGACAACGCGUCCCUCCCGAAAAGGAGCCGGCCCAGGGGACUCCGCCCCCUCGAGCUGCCUGUUCCCCCUGCCCCAGAACCUGGAAGUAAGAAGCUCCGUGGUCAGAGAUGGAAGGAGCCCCCUGGGGAAGAGCCUGUCAGGAAGAAGAGAGGCAGACCUAUGACCAAAAACUUGGACCCUGACCCAGACCCGCCAUCCCCUGACUCGCCCACAGAGACCUUUGCAGCACCAGCUGAAGUCCGACACUUCACCGAUGGCAGCUUUCCCCCUGGCUUCGUCCUCCAGCUCUUCUCCCAUACCCAGCUCAGGGCCACCGACAGUAAGGACUCGCCCAAGGAGGGCAAAGCAGCAGAAGGCCUUCUCCAGCCAGAAAGCCCCACUCCAGCUCCCCCUCCGGGGCUUCGUGGGACACUGGAUCUCCAGGUUAUCCGUGUGCGGAUGGAGGAGCCCCCAGCAGUCAGCCUCUUGCAAGACUGGUCCAAGCACCCCCAGGGCACCAAGGGGGUGGGAGCAGGUGAUGCCCCAGACUGGCCCACAGUUCUGUCAGAAUCCAGCAGUACUGUGGGGGGGCAGCCGGAGGCAGGAAGUGGGGUGUAAAUUGUUGGUUUCCUGGGGAGGGAGGGAGGGAGAGGGCAGGAGGGAGUAGGCAUUGUCCCCCUUUGGCUUAUAGCUCAGAGCUGCCUGGCUCAGCCACCCAGAGUUUUAAAACCAGGUGCCAGGGCAGGAUGGAGGGGUGGGGCAGCGCCCAUCCACUGUUGCUUCAGAGCGCUGGAGGGUGCCUGCCCCUGGCUGGGUCUGAGGCCCGACCGAGGUAGAGGGUGGCCGAGGCUGUCGUGUGGUAGGGCAUUGGGCCAGUGGAGAACACCUACCCCAGUCCUUUACUGACCCACACCUCUGUCCCCCACACCCCCUCCUGCCCUCUCUUGGCUCCCCACCAUUCUCCCCUGGCACAGUGCCUUACACAGAGGUGGUCAUGAGGGGGUUUGAACUGAGUCCCACUACCUCGGGGGACACCUCUCCUCCCCCACUUGUUCAGGCUUCUGCACCAGGAGGCCUCCAUUACCUCUUCCCGCUCCAUCCCUGCAGAGGGGCUCCAUUCACCCCCACUCUCCCUUUCACCUCUUUUCCUGUUGUAUAUAUCACCUUUGUUGACAAUAAAUUAUUUUUUUUUAUUAAGAGA